AUGCUCUUUUCACCUGAGCUGCAGAAAUUACUUAAAGAAAAGGAGGAACUGCACAUAAAGAAAGAGACCGCGUACAACAAACUAAAAGAACGUGUAAAGCGAGAGGGAAUACUCACACAUAUCUUACACAGCAACGUCCAGCAACCCGCUAAGAAAAUAGCACACCAACCAAUAAUACUGGGCAGUUCUUUGUACAGGAUGUCGGUGCUGAACGUUGGCGAGCUGCCUAGGCCGUCCCAAAAGCAAUAUAUCACGCCUACUACCAUAUACCCGAUUAACUUCGUAUCAAAGCGGAAGUACAAGAAAUACAACGGGUGUCCAUCAAAAUCUAAAGACAAAAUAUUUUACCUAUGUAAGAUACACGACAACAAAGACGUGUUCGAAAUAUCGUGCGAUUAUAAGAAAUGGGUGGGACGGGAGUGUUGGAACGAUUUUGUGAAGGACUUUGAUGGUGUGAGCGAGUACAGCAACAUGGAGGAGUUUUUUGGGCUUACACAUCCACAAUUGCAGAGGAUUAUAGAGGAGAAAGGUACCGAGGAGCUUAAAGAAUAUGUGCCCUUGAGUAAGAGGAAAGAAAACAAAGAAGUGGAAGAUGAAGUGAGUGAUGACAGUGAGGAUGAAAGCAAGUUGGAUAGCUAUAAUGAAUAG